AAGAGAUAAGGGAUGGAGUGGCGUCCCCCAACAAAUCCACUCAUCAUAUAAUUAAACGCAUUGCUUAGACGCAUUCUCCCUCUCUGACCAUAAAAAUCAAGUUAAUUCCAAGACACACAUCCAUUUCUCUCUCUCUUUCUCUACAGCAGCCCCCUUUCAUUUGCAGCGAAAAGUGAUAAAGGAGAAGGGGAAAUCGAGAAGGAAAUAGCAGGAAAAACAGGUCCUUUUGUUGUUUUUCUUGCUUUUUGACAUCUUUUGGGGAUUGGGUUCUCGUAAAGUCAGAGACUUGGGGUGCCUUUCUCUUGUAGUGAGGAGGUAGAAAGACCCAGUUGCUGUUUGUUCUUGUUUCUGCGUUUCCUGGGUUGGGAAUUGGGAGGAAAAAGGUGGGGAGAUGGAGAUGAUGUAUUAUCAGUUGACCAAGUACUCUUAUCAGGACUCUUUGAAAGUGCUGGAGGCUGACAUACUGCACGCAAAUGCUCUGGCUAAAGACGUAUGCUUUGGCAUAAGGGCAUUAUUUCUUUACGAGUACUUUGAGCAAGAUUUGACUCUGUUCUGGCUUUUGGGGUUUUAGGGCUGCUUCCAUUCCAAGAGCCAAAGGUGGUGCACAUCUUCAGAUGAAAUUGGUGUACAAUCAUUUGGCUCCACUCUUUCUAUUUUUGCUACAAUGGAUGGAUUGUUCAUGCGCCUGUUUACUCCCUGGAUAUCUAAGCCUUUUUCACAUACUUGUAUACAAGGUACAUGCAGAUGGUAGAUCAAACCUGUCUAGACAUGGGAGAAAGGCAACAAUUAGAGAAUUUUAUGGUGUGAUAUUACCAUCUCUUCAACGGCUUCACAGUAACAUGGGGGAAUUGGAUGAUGACAAGGCAGAGAGUUCUAACAAAAAAAGAAUCAAAUUAGAUAGUAGAUUUAGUGAUACUGAAUUGGAGAGAGAAGAUGAAUGUGGGAUAUGCUUGGAGCCUUGCACCAAAAUGGUCUUGCCCAAUUGCUGCCAUGCAAUGUGCAUCAGAUGCUAUCGCAACUGGAACACAAAAUCGGAGUCCUGCCCUUUCUGCCGUGGUAGCAUAAAAAGAGUUAAUUCUGAAGAUUUAUGGGUGCUUACUUGUAAUGAUGAUGUGGUGGACCAUAAAACAGUUUCAAAGGAGGACCUAUUGCGUUUCUACCUCUAUAUCAACAGCCUUCCAAAAGAUUACCCAGAUGCCCUUUUCUUAGUGUAUUAUGAGUACCUAAUUUGAUUUUAAGUGUUUAAGAAAAUGGUGUAUAGAUAGAACAAGCCGACCAUCAAGUGUAAAUAGAGUCUGGAAAGAAGGUUCUCCCUGAUUCUUAUGGAACACGAGCGUACUUAUCGGUGGAAGAAUUCCUCCAUUAAUCAAAUUACUCAUUUCUUAAACUUGACUGUAUGCUUUGCAGUUUACUUGUCUACAUUUUGAAAGCUCUGCAAUAAUUUAUUAGCUAGUAUUUCUUAGAAGUUUAAAUUGUUGGACUGACUGGACUGGACUGACAAAGUCCUGUUAGAACCUUCCUAGGUUGACCCUUGUAGAGGGUUACUAUCUUGUUUGAAGGGUUCAAGCUCCCAACUUGCCAUAUAUGCUAGAAUGUGUUCUCUUUAUAGUCAAUGAAGGGUGGUAAUAUGA